GUUUCCCCGGGGAGGCGGCGGCGGGGCCUGGUCGCUCUGGUGCGGGCGGCUCGGUGGCGAUACCGGGCCCCGCAGCAGCCAUUUGGAGGAAGUCGGGGAAGACCGGAGCCCGCGACCGUGGCGGAAGGCGGAGGGGAAGGACAGCCGCCGCCCGGCGCUCUCCCCGCAGCCCAUGUCCUCUCCCCGCGCCGGGCGGCCCCGCGGGGAGCCAUGUCCGCCGGCGGAGCGCCCCAGCCUGCCCACGCCCUGAACCUGCUCCCCUACCCCAGGCUGAGCGAGGUGCCGAGAGCCGGACACGAGCUGGAUGCCGUCAGCGCUGAGGUCCCCUCCGACCCCUGCACAGGCUACCGGUUUUUCAAGCCCGGCGGUUUGUUCGGAAUGAAACAGUCGGAGGAGCCGUACGCCGAAGGCCAGCAGAUGCAGGAGGACACCAAGAUCCUCGUGAGCCCCUGCGCGGUUGAGCCCGGUCGGGUGAAUAAAGUCGAGCAGCCUGAGGAGAAACCCGGGGCAGCUGCCGGCGCCCUGGAGCUGUAUCCCGCGGCCGCCAGCAGCUCCGGCCGCUGGUUUCACGGCGGGCAGCGUGCGCCGGAGCGGGCGGGCGUGGAGAGAGACGGCGCCGCCGGCCUCGGCCCGCUCUCCACGCGGGUGGCCUGCUGGGUGCCGCAGCUCGGCGCCGGCCCUUUCCGCUGCGCCCAGUGCGGGAAAGGUUUCCGCCAGAAGCAAAGCCUCAUCACGCACGAGAGGAUCCACACCGGAGAGAAACCCUACCGGUGCGGGGACUGCGGGAAGAGCUUCAGCCAGCGGCCCAACCUGCUGACCCACCGCCGCGUGCACACCGGGGAGCGCCCCUUCCCCUGCGCCCAGUGCGGCAAGCGCUUCAGCCAGAAAGCCAACCUGCUGGCCCACCAGCGCAUCCACGCCGCCGGGGAGAAGGCGCUGGCGGGGGGCGAGCAGGAGGACGGCGCGGCCGGCAAGCCGAAGCUGCGAUCCCAGCAGAGGAGUUACCAGGAGGACACCCCCUUCGUCUGCCCCGAGUGCGGGAAGAGCUUCAGGCAGAAGCCCAACCUCAUCACCCACCGGCGCAUCCACACCGGCGAGCGCCCCUUCACCUGCUUCCUCUGCGGCCGGAGCUUCAACCAGAAGACCAACCUGGUGACGCACUACCGCGUGCACACCGGGGAGCGCCCCUUCGCCUGCACCCAGUGCGGCAAGCGCUUCACCCAGAAAACCAACCUGGUGACGCACCAGAGCACCCACACCGACCUCCGUCCCUACCCCUGCGGGCAGUGCCAGAAGUGCUUCAAGGACAAAGUCUCCCUCAAAGCCCACCAGAAGACUCACGCCCCGCGCCAGCGGCGCUGCCCGGGCCGCAGCCCGGCCACCGGCCUGCCCUUCGGGGCUGCUGCGCCCACCCUGCUCCAGCCUGGGGGUCCCGAGCCAGACCCCGCCUUCAGCCCCAUGGCGUCGCUGCCCAUUCAGAAGCUCCCCGAGGGCCAAGAGCUCUACUCGUGCGCGGAGAAGAGCUUUCCCCCGAAGGAGCCGCUCCUGCCGCACCAGCCAGCCCCGCUGGGCGAGCAGACCUUCCCCUGCAUCCAGUGCGGGGAGGGGUUUUGCCAGAAGGUGACUCUCCUCCGGCCGCAGCACAGUCCGGCCGCCGACGCUCCCGGGGGCUGCGCGGCAGCCUUCGCCCACGGCCCGCACCUCCUGGGGCACCUGGGGGUGCAGCCCGUCCUCGGGGACGCGACCGCCCCGGCUCCCCAGACCCCCGGGGCGGAGAAACCCUUCAUCUGCAACCAGUGCGGCAACAGCUUCGGCCUCUGGCUCUCCCUCGUGGCCCACCAGAAGACCCACGUCGGGCAGAAGUCCUACCCGUGCCCCGAGCACGAGAAGAGCUCCGGCGACGAGCUGUCCCCCAAAUCCACCCCGCAGGAGAAGCAGGCGGAGGGGAGGGCCUGGGUGUGCCCCGAGUGCGGGAGAAGCUUCGCCCAGUACGAGCGUUUGGUAAAACACCGGCAAAACCACCGGGGCAGGGGGCCCUACCGCUGCGACGUCUGCGGGAAGAGGUUCAGCCUGAAAACCAACCUGGUGACCCACCAGCGCAUCCACACCGGCGAGCGCCCCUUCACCUGCGGCGUCUGCGGCCGCCGCUUCAACCAGAAGGGGAACCUGGUGACCCACUACCGCACGCACACCGGGGAGCGCCCCUUCGCCUGCACCCAGUGCGGCAAGCGCUUCGCCCAGAAGCCCAACCUCAUCGCCCACCAGAAGACCCACACGGGCAGGCAGCCCUUCAGCUGCCUGGAGUGUCCCAAGCGCUUCAAGAGCAAGCUUUCCCUGCGGGUCCACCAGCGAGUGCACGCGGCGGAGAGACCCCAGGGCGAGCCGGGCCCGGCCGCCGGCCUCCAGCCCCACCCCGGCAGCCCCUACCCCUGCUCACUCUGCGGGGAGACCUUCGAGGAGCACGGCGAGCUGCAGCUGCACCGGCAGGGCCACGCCGGCGAGCGGCCGCACGCCUGCGCCGAGUGCGGGAAGCGAUUCCGGCAGAAGGUGAAUCUGGCCGUUCACCAGAGGACCCACACCGGCGAGCGACCGUUCCGCUGCGCCGAGUGCGGGAAGGGCUUCAGCCAGAAGGCUCACCUCCUCCGGCACCGCAGGACGCACGCCGGCGGCAUCCCGCCCUCCUGCUGCGAGGGGACCUGCCCGGCGCACCAGGAAGAGCCGGACGCCGGCGACGCUCCCCUGGGAAAAGGCUCCGACGGCCCCGGCGUGCUGCUGCCCCCCUGCUCCCACGGAGCCACUCACGGAUCGCUGGCUCGGGAGGAGCUUCGGGCGGGAGCGCAGCCCCCCAACAGACCCGAGAGCCCCUCGGGGGCGGCAGACAUCCUCCUGCAGCUGAUGCAGGACGACCACCACCUCGUGCCGGGGUCCCACCACCCGCAGGAGGGCCCCGGCGGGCAGUGCCCCUGCAAGUGCGCCGAGGCGGGGGAAGGCUUGAGCCCGAAGCCCCCGAACCCGCCGCCGCAGUGCUGCUGCGCCGACUGCCUGAGCCAGCGGCAGCUGCUCCUGAAGCCCCAGCCCGACUGCCGAGCCGAGCUCUGGUGCAAGUACGGCGGCUGCGGCAGAAGCUUUGAGGAGAAGCGAGUCCUGAGAGUGCCUGAGAGAGCGCACGGCGAAGAGAAGCCCUCGCCGUGCCCCAGCUGCUUGUAACGCCCGCGCGGGCCGCCGAAAGCCUGCCUCCGCGGCGAGGGACCGCACCUCGUCGCUCUUGCACUAAAAGACACCAAACAGAACGAGGCGGCGGCUCGCGCCGGGGGCCGACGGCCGGCCGGAGGGGGAGCCGCGAGUCGGGGCUCGUGGCGGCGGGGACUCGGCAGAACCGCGGUGCUUUUGGGAACAUGAGGCCCCCCCCAGAAGCGUGCGUCGGACGGGGCGAAGCAGGAGGCGGGCUCGGAGGCGCUGGGUGAGCCUUUCUGCCUCGCCGACGUACCAAACCGAUGGAGGGGAUGGAGCUGAGGGGCGGCCGCGGGACCCGGGAUCCGCAGCGUUGGCUCCUGCUGCAGCCGCACGGACCGUGGGGAGCGGGAGGAGCUCGGGAUGCGGGAUCUCUCGGCUUAAAAACCGCUUCCGUGCCUGCGGCAGGGCCCGGCGGCGGCACCUCUGCCCGCUCCUGCCGCCGGGCUCGGCUGGGUGACGCGCGGACCCGGAGGCAGCCGUGGGGCAGCGGGGGGCCUCCGCGGGCCCAGAGCUUCGCCCAGAACCCUCCGUCCUUCUCUUCUGGACUGGCCGUCAUUCCGCAGGGACGCGUUCGGGAUGCAGAGCCGAGACGCGCCGUCGGCCGCCCGCCGGCCUGGGAGCAGGAGCAGCAGCUUCGCCGGGCGCCGGAGCGAGCCGCGGGAGGCCGGGAGAGCCGCGGAGAGGUGCCAGGGCCCUUCUCGCCUCGCCGGUGACCUCCUGCCGAGGCUCCCCAGCCAAUGCCGCACGAUCCGGCCCACGGGUUCCUUGGGGGUGCGGGGCGAGCACCGGGAAAACGGGAAACUGCCGGGAAAAGGGCCUGGAAGCUUCUAGGCUCGCCUCCGCUUCCCAAAGGGAGGCGGGAACAGCCUCUCCGGGCCCGGAGGGGCCGCGCAGGGUGGCAGGGGGGUGGGGAAGGGGGGGUGUAGCUUGUGCUUCUCUACUUGCUCUGUGGAUAAUCUUUCUGACUAGCAGCUCUUUCUGGUACUCAGUUAACCUCUGCAUAGGUAACCCAGACACGCCGGGGGAGCAGGAGCGGCCGUAGGCUGCCGGAGCCAGCGCGGUAGCUCGUGGUGGUGGUGGUGUCUGCCCGUUUCCCUGCCGGCGCGGUGCUCCGGCGGAGGCGCCGGUUGCUUGCCGGGGCUUGCCUGCCAUCUCCGCUUCCCCGUCGGUGCAGCAGAGCCCGUUCGUCGGGUGUUCGGGGAGGGGGUGUCAGGGCUUUAGAAAUGGGAACCGCGCGCCUGAAAGCUGUUCUCGCUUCGAAGCGGGCUUUACCCGAAAGGGGAAGCGAAUCUCGCCUGCUGCGUCUGGGGGAACCCCUCGUCCCGCCCCGCGCCCCCUCAGCCGCCUGCUCCUCAGCCCCGCAGCCGGGUCGCGCCGUGCUCGGCCGUGGAGCCUCGCGGCUGCCCCCCUCGAACAAAAACCUUCCUUGAAAGCACGAGGGACGGCGUUACCGGAGCCCAGCUCAGUGCCGCGCCGCUCGCCGCCGCCUGUGUGUUUUGGGGUGUAGCCAAAGGGGUGUAGGCAAGGAGAGGGUUUGUCACCAGCCGAGGGGACGCCGGGACGGUGACAGCUGGAGCUUCAGCGGGGGAAGGCAUAGGGGUCCCAGCACCCGAAAUCUGGCAGGCUGGGGUGGGCAUCCGACCCUGUCCCCCCUAACCUGCUGCCCCCGGGGCCGACGCACCGCCCCCCUCCCCUCCCCUCCCGCUCCAGCAGCAUUUCAGGUCCUUGCAAUUCUAUUUUUUUGAGGUUAUUUAAAAUAAAAGCUUUCUCACAGCA